CAGGUUGGCAAACUCGACUAUUCAACCGUCACAAUUUUAACGUGCGCGAGUGAAACGUCCUUCUCAAUAAUUUUUGCACGAAAAUUACUUUUUACAUUUCUUUUUAUCAACAAUCAUGACCUUCAAUAAAAUUAUCAUCAUUCUUAACUAUCAAAAGAGAAAGAUUUCUAAAUAUUGAGAAAAAAAAAUUUUUAAUUUAUUUUUCUCUAAUGUUUAUAUUUUUCAAAUUUUGUAAAUUUUUACAUUUAGACAGUUUGUUUAUUUAUUAAAUCAAUUAAUCACUUUUGCCGUGAAAGUUAAUUUAUUUCGUUUGCCAUUUAUAAUUAUCGUACGUUUUUUCUUUCUCUUCCUGGAUAAUACUAUAUCAUCUGGAAACAAAAGUGAGUGCAGUGCAGUUUAAUAAAAAAAAAAAAGAAAAAUAAUUGUGCUUCUUGUGUGUCUUUCAUUGAAGAAAGAAAGUGUUUUUGGAUACUAAAAAUAACUUUUAUUUUCACCAACAGAUUUAAAACUUCACUAAAGAAAUUUUCCUUAAAAAAAAAUUGAAACAUCAUUUAUAACUUCGGAUUAAAAUUAAAUUUUCUCUCUGCAUAUUUUUUUUUUGAAAAUUUGAGAGAACUUUAUGAGAAUUUAAAAAAAAUUUAUAUUGUAACACCGCGCGCAGUGCCAGAAGGAAUCUAUCGUGUUUUCAUCAAAACUUCCAUAAAACAGUGAAAGUUAUAAUCAGUUUACUGAUUUACUCAUGAAAUUUCAAGUUUCACUAUUGAACUUUGAAUAUAAUUCUCGAUACUUUUCAAAUAGAUUAUAAGAGAAGCUUGGGAAAUAAUUCAAUUUGGAACAGAGAAGAGCACUUUCGAAACUCUUCGCAUUUCAAAACUCGAAUUUUUACAUAAGUCUCAGGAAUUUUAGGUGCAAAAUAAUUUCAAUUAUUCAUAUACUGAAAUAAAAUUCGAAACAUUUUUCUAUUAAAAAUUCAAAUGAAUAGAAUUUAACAUUCGAAUCAUAAGGAAAAGGACAGUUUUGUCAAAUAAUCGCAAUGCAGAAUCGAUGAACAACAAAUCGAAUUGAUAAUGAAAGAAAAUCAGCUAAGGACAUACUCGUGAUACGAGUUUUUUUAAAUAAAAAAAAAAAAAAAAAACUCGAAAUGUUACUAUUGUACAAGGAACAUGUACGGGUUAGCGUUUAAUAAUUGGGACAUAUUGUCGACCUUGUGAGGAAGGGACGAUAUAGCUAAGAAUUCAAUUGAGGUGGAAAAAUUGAGGAAAGGCGGAAGAACGUUCGCUGCUCUCGAAGACGCACGCAGGAGGAAAGAGUUGAUCAUCCUAAAGCCAUGAACCUCGCGCUGCAUGGAUUUUUGCUUCACGUUAUCUUGUCGAUGAUUCUCGACAAUCAGAAUGGUUUUGGAUUGUGCAGCGCGGGGGAACCUGGCUAUUUGGAUUUCGACAAUCUUCCGGAGACCAAUUUCUCAUGUCAAGGGAAGGUGAUCGGAGGAUAUUACGCGGACGUCGAAGCAGGUUGCCAGAUGUUCCAUGUUUGUACUAUUGGUCAAAAAGAUGAAAUAAUGGAUAUAAAGUUCCUUUGUCUAAAUGGCACCGUAUUCGACCAGGAGACCAGAGUCUGCGAAAGAGUCGAUGAGGUUGACUGCAGCAAGAGCGAAAAAUUCUACAACCUAAAUUUGGAACUUUAUGGAAACAGCGCUGUGACCCUCAGCCUGCAUGAAGGAGAAGAUGACGAUCUACCACCAGAAUCCUUAGAAGAACAUCAGCUUCGAACAUCUUCAGCAAGACCAAUUAGUACCACCACAACAACCUCAAAACCUAGUCAAUCUUCAACGACACCUUCUAGCACCAAUUAUCAACACUCAACUGGAUACCCUCAAGUCUAUCAACCUCAGUCAGCGUUUCCAUCCGUACAAUCGAAUCCUCCCAAGUCUAUUUAUGAUGAUAAAAAUGGAGGAUAUCAUCAUCAAUAUAUUUACCAUAAUGACGAACGAAAUGAUAAUCAAGCGACGUCGUAUCAACUUUUUAGUAAUCAAGGUGUUAGUUCAACUACACCUACUCCUCACGUGCAUCAAGUCAGAUAUAGUUCAACUCCAAGUCGUCAAAUCAUUCACAAUGAACCAUCCACUGUUACUCCCUUAUUCCAUACAUCAUCGACUAUUCAAACUUUGCUAAAUAACAAUGCCAAUGGUCCUUCUAUAAUUAAUCCAAUCUUCCACAAUCAUGGAAUUGGCAGCACUACCGAACAUUAUUCUGUGCACAAUAAUAAUCCUAGGGAAACAUCAGAGUAUCAAGACAAUGAUGAAGAACAAGAUGAACGGGACGAACAUGAUGACGAGCAUGUUGAGCAUAUUGAACACGAGGAAAGAAGGAGACUUGAACCUUUACAGUCAACGAAUAAAGGAAAAGUUUCCAAGUUGUCGAUAUCACCAGUUCCUCAGCAGGAUCAAUCGCGAUUAGUGAUUCAAGCAAAGGCAAACAGUCAAACAUCUCAACUUCACAGAAUAUCAGUAAAUUUCCUACCGACGCAAUCGUCUAUCCAAACAACUUCGAGAACAUUCUAUCCUACCUCUAGAACAUCUUCGAAGCCUCAAAAGACGUCGAGUCAGCGAAUAAUGCAGCAACACAUUCACGUGACACCUCUACCAAUAAUACCAAAUUUAAAUCCUCGUCAAGUAACUAUUAAUUUAUCACCGCCAGAUAUUCAAAAAAUCGUACAAAAUCCACCACCUUUAUUGCCAUCUCAAUCGAGAGUGAUUGUAACCGCAAAGGCGAGUGUCAGUGAUGAAUCUGGUCGUCCACUUAAUGCAAGUGAACUAAUAACUCUUCCACUACCAACAAUUCCCUCUAGUUACGAUGACUACAAAGAAGGCGACGAAUCCUUCGAUCCAUUUUAUCGAGACGUACCAAAGAUUCACAGUAAUCAAAGAAUCGUUGUUAGCAGUAGAUCAUCGAGAUCUCCAAAUAGGAAAAUUAUUUUUCAUCGACGCAAACGCGAUGCAUCAGAAAAUAAUAGCCAACACGUCCAGAAAUUUAGUCAAGUCAAACCGAACGAUACGGAAGUCUCUUCAAUCGUAAGAAAUUUAAGAAAGUUAAAAAACAUAUUUUUUGCUACUGAUUUUGACGAUUCCGAUGAACCAAAUUACUUCAAUUCCGAAGAAAUUCCUACAAACUUUGAUUUGAAAAAUGAUAACACGGAUUAUUUGAAUGAUAAUGUCAAAUUAGCAACGAAAAAUUCUGUUGGAAUAGAAUUUACCGAAAGAGAUAAUAGAAAAAUUAAUGAAGAUUCUCGAAACGGAGAGAACGGAAAGACGAAAACUACAAAGCUCUCUACGAUAAUAAAUCCUGUAGUUAAUACAAAGAAUCGAGAAACUGAAUACGUUGACAGCAAUCAUCGAAAAGAUAAAAUAAAUUUAGAAACUACUGCUUCUGAUGUAAAAAAUUCUGAGAAUCAUAAAAAUCAGAAAAACUUUACCAAUGAUCGUUUAAAAAGUAUUAAACCUUCAGGAGUUAUUGAAAUUGCUGCUGAUGAACCCAAGACACUGGAGAUUGAAUAUUACGAUGAGGAGGAACAUUCUAACAAAAAUCAAGAAGAGAAAAGUAUAAAAACCAGUGACAUUAAAAACACUACAGAAGAGCUGGAUGUUGAGGAAUAUGUUUACGAUCCCGAUGAAUUAUAUUUCGAAGAAUUUUAUACAACUACCAAAAAUACAAAACUUGAAACAACUACUACAAAUAAUCCGAAAAUUGUAUCAACUACGACUCCAAAAACUGAAUUAACUUCUAAAUAUCCAACCAAUAUUACUACUAAAAAUUCAAAAAUUAAUUCAACUACCACUAAGCCUUCAAAAGAUGAAACAACUACACCUUCCCUGAAAUUCGAUUCUAGUAAUAAUUCUUCAAAUAAAAAAAUGCAAGAUUCAUCAAUUAUUUCAAAUUACACUAAAGGAAAGGAAAUAUUGGAUUUAAAACCAAUUUCUGGACUUGAUAUUGCGAAAAACGGAUCUGAUGUAAAUAUUUCUAAAUCAGACAAAGAUGAAAGUAAAUCUGAAAAUUUAAACAAAACCAAAGAUACUGUUUCACCAAAUUCUGCACUGAAGAAAGAAUCCGAAGAAUUACUAGAGACAAAAUCAUCGUCGAAUCGUAAAAAAUCUAAAUCUUCAGAAAGCACACAAAAUUCAGAAGAGAAAUUUAUAAAAUCCAAAAGACCUCAUUAUUCCGAAGAACAAGAUGAAGAAGAAGAAAUUGACGUAUCAAAUAAACCAAGACGUAAAAAUAAAUACAUUUCAGAUCCUGAUUAUUUAGAAGAUGAAGAUUACGAUGAUUAUGAGGAAGAGCGUAGAUUAGAACGACGAAAACAAAAUAGCAAACGGAGAAAAACACAUUCCCAAAGCAGAAGCCGAUUAAGGGAUUACGAUGAUGAUGAUAACUUUUCACGAUCAAGAAGUUCUUCAAGUCGGCGACCUUCUUCGCGAGGCAGAAAGACUGAUAUUAAUAGAGACAGAGGAAAAUCCUAUCAGAAUAUUAGAAGAAGAAAAAAACCCAUUUCAGUUGAAUCUGAUUCAGAAGAAUUAGAAUAUCCAAGCGAAGAUUAUAACUCAGAGGAAUUGAAAAGUACAUCUGUAGAUGACGAUUGGUAUGAAGAUGAGCUUGAACGAAAAAGAAACCAAAAGAACAAAGGUCGAAGAAAUAAGGGUUUACGGUACGAUGAUCCCCCUCGAAGAUCCAGCAGUCGCAGAAGAAAUCAAAGCAGAAAAUUUAGAGAUGAAGAUAUAGAUUAUGAUUCUCAAGAGGCAUCCACUUUAUCCAGUGGUGAGGAUGAUGAUUCUUGGUAUUAUCCAACAUCAAAGGAGUUACCCGAUGAUUCACGGAAGGAAGAUGAUUACACAGAAGACUCCAGGAGUCUUGAUGAUGUGACAACAUCUGCAGAAGAUCUUACAACGGAGACUUCUACCGAGGAGGAAACUCCUUCCGUUGAAGAAAUAACAACUUCCAUUCUAGAGGAAACAUCAUCUGCUAAAAAUGAUAUUAAAGAUGACAUAACUACUAAAGAAGUAACAAAAGAUGAAAAACCUUCUAUUAAAGAUACGAGUAUUCAACCAGAUGUUUUUGAAGUGACUGAAAAGGAAUUAUUUGAGACAGAUCCAGAAGAAGGAAAGACUGAAGGAGUGCUAAAAUUUACAGACGAAUUGCCACAAGAUGAACGAUUGGAUGCAACAACCGAAGUGACUAUUGAAAAUCCAAUGAAAGAUCAUAGUCCAAUAAAAGACAUGCAAGAUUAUGUCGAUGACAAUUAUGAGCCGAACAAUUAUAAAGGUACAAAGAAAAAUAAAGACAUAUCCGCAGGACGAAAUUCAACUCAAGUACAGCAAAAUAAGGAUCUUGAGUUAGGAACUAAGGAUACAAAUUCGAGAACAGGAGAGCAGAAUGACAAAAAUUUAGAAGAAACAAAGGUUGAAGUACAGGAAACGACUACUCAAGCUAUAUCCACUACAUCGAGAUCAACAAGAAGAGGUACACGACCCACAACAAAAGCAACAGCUCGAACAACUCCACCGAAAUUAUUCAAACCUUUAACUGGUAAACGAAAUUAUCUCUACAUUCCACCCACGACAACUCCACUUCCUGUUGUCAUCAAACGAAGAAUUUCCCUCGUCCAUCCUCGACCUGCAAAACCUCCAAAAUCCUACAAUGAACUUGCUCCAAAACCAGUCAUCAGAAAGAAGCUCUUGGAAGCAAGAAAGUCCGUCAUUGAAGUCACACUAACUUCCACAACAUCAGAAUACGAAAAAGAAAUUAAUCUCGAACCCUUAGCGACUUCUGAAGUUUCAAAAUCCGAAAUAGUAACGGAAGACAAUUUGUCAACUACGUCGGAAGCAGUUCUUCCCCAAAAGGAAAUUGAAGAUAAUUUAGAGUCACAAAAGGAGGAUAACUCAGAAAACGACAACUCGGAAAUAAUUCCUUUUGACACUGACGAUAAAAUAGAUGUGGAGAAUAAAAUAAAAAAGGAAAGAAUCGAAAAUGAAGAAAAGAUAACAAAUGACGAGCAUGAAGAUGAAAAAACGGAGACGGAAAAACAAAACUUGAAAGAAAUCGACGAAUCGGAAAGAAAUGACACUACACCUUUAGUAGAAAAUCAAACAAACUAUCCGUAUUUACUUUCAAGAUUAUCUACUACUCCUUCGACAAAAACAAAAAAUGAAGAUGCUACAAAGAGGCCUGAAGAAAUGAAGAAAAUUACGAAUUCUCCACUUCACGAUACAGAUACUCCAGUAACUACUACAACUUCAAAAUCACUUGAAUCAAAAUCAACUCCAUCUUCCAAUUUUGAACCAAAAUCCGAAUCCACAAAACCCGAAGUAACUCUCCUUCGAACACCGACAAUACAAAAAACCUCCAAAAGAACAACAAAAAAGGAACCACCAAAUUUAGGUGGAUCUUAUCAAGGAUUUAAUUGUCUUGGAAAGGAAAUGUAUCGUUUCUAUGGGGACAAAAGAGAUUGUAGAUUAUUUCACUAUUGUUCACCAGGAUUCACGUCGACGCAGGUCCUUGACUUCAAAUUUGUUUGUGAGCAAGGAACUCAUUUUGACGAGUCAACUCAAAGUUGUAGGCACAACUAUAAAAAUUCCGAGUGCACUGUGAGAAUUUUCUGGUGACUCUUUUAGUCGAUAGACAUUUUCAAUUUAUUAUUCCCCCAAUGAAAAUGACAAAUCGGUAAACAAGGAUUGCAUUAAAAAGUAUUGGAAAAUUCCUUUUUGAUAAAUAUACUAAUUCCUUAGGAGGCUCUUAACAGGAUAAAAUUUGUAAAAUCCGUUCAAUACUUUUUAAUGUAAGUUUUCUGGCCGAGAAAUAUUUUUCUAAACUUGUAAAUCCCAUAAAAUAUCUUAGUUGUAAUAACACGAAAAAAAAGAGAAGAAGUUAUUGAGGAUUUUUAGAUAAGAUAUAUUUAUAUAUUUUUUAUUUUAUGGCUUCGUUUUUAACGGCCUUUUCGUUUCCUAAGCUUUGCCAUAAUUUUCAUUUGUUUCUACACGGAUUCAAAUUAACUUGACAGUGAAUGUGAAUCCGUGUAGAUGAUCAGUAUUUUUUUUCCUAGAUCAGCUCAACGAGUCGUAUCGACUUAAGAAACUUUGUCAUUUCUAAAAGCUGGAUAGACUUUAUUUAAUAAAUGUUCUAUCUCUAAAGAUAGCAUUCAAAGAUACGAUCUUUAAUUUUAAAAAAAUCACAUACGAUACAAAACUGCGAAGAUCGUACAGUAUUUUGUACAAUGGAUAAGAUGAUAAAAAAAAUAAUGCUCAAAUGCGAGAUUAAAUUAUGUUAACACAUAUUUUCGUCCAUCGAUGUGAAGAGAGAGUUAAUUAUAAGAAAGCGACCAGAUCGUUCUAAAAGUCAGACUGCUAUGCAUAUAUUAAGAAAUUUUAUAUAUCUGGGAAAAAUUAAUAUACAUAUUUUUUUAAUUGUAGGAAAUUAAUAAUUUUCUAUAAACUGGUUUUACAACGCAAAGUGCUUUCAAAGCAAAGGAAAACAAGUUUUCACGAAAAUAGAGGAAUAACUUUCUGAAUAAUAAUUUCAACUAUCUUCUGAAAUUCAAUUAUUUUUAACGAUUUUUAUAUUUUUUCGAAAAUUUAAUUUUAUCUUUGUUAAUUCAUUUUUUGAUUCAACUUAAAAGAUUAUUAUUAAUUCUUUGCAUCUAAAGUCUAGAUAAUUUAGUACCAGUUAAGGUUCGUCUUAUAUUGCUCAAAUGCACAAUCGAUACGAACGUAAUUUUUACUUGGUAUUAUUUAUAAUAGUUUUUUUUUUAAAGCGCUUCUGUAACUGCUGAAAUAUUUUCAUAUAUUUAAAUCAGCAGUAAAUAAAUUCAAUGUUAGUCACGUAAAAUUAAUGUACAGAAUAUAAAAUUAUUCGAAUUGAUUAAUUCAGUUAAUUAUUUGAAUAAGUUUUGGAAUUUAUCUUAAUUUUAUUAAUUGGUAUUCAAUUUUUAGGACUAUUAAUUUAAUCGAUCUUUACACAUCAAAUGCCGUCAAUGUGCAAUUUUAUUCCUAAAAUCCAAUUUUUCUUUUUUAAUAAUUGUAAAAGAAAGUUAUAGACAAAUUUUUUUUUUUAAAUAUAUAAUUUAAUUAUAUUAUAAAAAAAUAAUAAAUAAUUUAUUUUUUUUGUAAAUUUUGUAGAAUAAUUAUAACAAAUUGGCUAUAAUUAUAUUAUUUAUCAAUACGAAAAUGUUAACUUUCAUUAUACUUUUCGUGACAUGUACAGGUAAAAUAUUUUUGCGAAAAAACUCCAAAUAAGUAAAUUGCAAACAGUUUCACAUAGGUAUUUUGUAUAUUUGUAAAUUUCAUCAAUUUUAUAAUUGAUACCUCACUUUUCGAUUGUUAUUAUCGAUAAAUGAAAAAAUAAUAGUGUCAUAAAUUAUUAUUGUGACAUUCGACUGUCAUUAAACGUCCAUUAGAUUUUUUAGGUUUAUAAUCUUAUAGAAAUAUGUAAUAUUGUGAAAAUGUGUAA